AUGCCCCGAAAAUCGAACUUGGCUGCUCCAAAGUCUGCAUCAAAGAAACAGGCAGAGAAACAGCUGCAGCUUCAGUCAGCGAAAUUUGGAGAGUUAGAAACCACUCCAACUAGCCACCAUGAGAAGUCACCGAUUCCGCCCAUGAGGCAGAAAAACCGUGCCAGCCAUACCCAUUGUCAUGAUACCGAUCGAAUAGUUGACCCAGAGGAGUUCGAGGAUGGGAUCGAUAAUGAUGCCAUGGCAAAACUCGCUAACACUCCAAAAGAAAUUAAUAUUCGCAGGGACAUGGAGAUAAUCUGGUCUGAAAAGGAUUCUGAGACACAUAGGAGCUCAUCAAUGUCUUCUCAGGAGGAGGAGCAAUCUGGACACGUUUUCGGAUAUAUUGGGGAUGAUAUUCCUUUUACCAGUCCUGCAUCUGGACAUGAUGCUCUUCCGGAUACGUUGCCUCUUCCAGCGUCCGCAGAGAAUCCUCCCUCAGCAGAUUGUCAAAGUCAAUCGUCACAACAGGUGGAUUUCUCCGAAACUGCUUCCACGCUUUAUCGCAGCUCUCCAUUCGGAAGGAGCCAUACCUCCAGAGGAUCAGUCACGACAUCACAGCCUGCCUCAACUCAGAAAGAUACUACCUUCAACCUUUUUGAGAUGCAACUUCCAGCACUAGAUCCAUCGCAUAAGGACAUUCCCCAUGCAUCUGCCGACAGUCAGACUAAGUCUGAUAAGAACUCAGCUCGAGACUCAUCAGCCCCGCAGGUUACUGAAGAAACCCUGCCAUUCAACUGCCAUCCGUUUCCAACAUGUGGCGUAAAUCCUGAGGCAGAAAGCGUCCAUACAGGCAGGACCUUGGGUUCAGGAGAUAUCUUGUUAGAUCAUAUCACAUUGAAUCUACCUAAUGCUAAUGGAGAAAACAAGCCAAAAACUCCAGCUAUACCUUAUGGCGGCAAGCCUCUGAAGAAGCGCAAACAGCGGCCUAAGACCCCUAUCCAGUUCGAUGAAGACACCCAAGAGGUUAAAUCCGUAUCUCGCCAGCCGCUGUACAGGAAGUUAUAUAAUCAACCUGUACUCACAGACGAACAACACGAACAAAAGGCAACCAGGCAAGAGAAAAUAUGCGGCAAAAAACGCAAAACUAAUGUUUCAAAUAGCAAUAAUUUGCAAAAAAAGGUCAAAUCCGCAUUCAUCGGCUACGCAGAGUCCCUGAUCGUCGACGGCGAUACCAAUAGGCAAUGUGUCAGCCGAAGCUGUCCUGACCCUCAGCAUCCUUUCAAAGAUCGGCAUGGUGACGAGAUGUCUCACGAUAUCAUAGAAGAAAAAGCACAAAACUCUCAAGUUAUGAAUCCGAGACCUUUCGAGAACAAUGAAGUAGGCGACUUCCAAACGACUGACACAGAGACCAUGAUGCCACAGUCAAACCGCACUGGUCCACAACUCUCGGCCGUACAAAUUAUCAAGCCUACCGAAAAAGUCGGUGACUGCAUUUUUGUUGCAACGGACCAGAAGCGCACAUGUAAUGAGAUUAGCAAAGCGAAAGAGACCUGGAAAGAUAUUCCUGUACUCGACCCUCACAUGAAGGGCCGCCAGUCUACGAGCGCUGAAGGUGACGGAGAUGCGGGCGUUUCAACAGAUGACAGUAAAAGGACGAACUCAGCUCCUGAUACAACUGGUGUCGCAAUAAGCUCUUCUAAGCCUUUCAACUUCCAAAUCUCCCAGGCACAACGUUUGUCUAAGUCCAAAAUGGUCCAGAUGAACGCCACUGACAGACGGAUGGGUCAAAAUUUCGGCGUGAGUGAGAGGGGCAGUCCAAUCCCGCGUCAACAGCAGGAGAGCAGGGUUGAUAUACCAUGUACAAAAGAUUCAAGUGUCUCUUUGUCGAAUGAAAAUGUUUCUGGAAUGAUUCAUGAACAUUGCGAGGUGCAGAAUUGCACCCUGAUACCUGAGAAGCACCGUUCCCAAGUGCAACGGGUUGAUGAAUGGGCUCCUGUCAAGGGGAAUUUCGAGUCUAACCAAAACCCCGGUCUGAUACAACAACGUGGAGAUCAUCCUGAGCUAGUUCAAUCAAUCGUAUCUGACAUUCGACGAAUUCUAACGAAGCAUCCCGAUAUAAACAAGACUGAACACGCAACCCAGCCUACCACUAUAUCCGAAAGAAGUCGACAGCAGCUUCACGAACUGGUCGAUGUUUUCAUGAAACGUAUUGACUCGAAACGGGCGGAGAUACUGACAGUAGCGGACGGGUAUAAAAAAGCUGGUGACCGUUGCGUGGGCAAGAUACAGUCUCGGUUUCUUGGAGAACGCCGCGCCGUUUUUGACGAUGCCACUGCUCAUGCAAGAGGGUUUCACAGUCUUGUCUCCAAAGGGGUAAAACUGACGAGUAGUAAUGGUAGGAAGGGAAGUGAGUUGCUGCAAGGCUUGCAACAGACAAUAUUGCAGCGAGCUUCGGUGUACGAACAUGCAAGCUCAAUCAUGGAGGCUCUGUAUGAGCAGCUUGUGGCAAGCGAUUUCGGUAAGGGCAGAACUCCUGUCGCUCGUGAGGCCGUUGUGAUGGGGCUAUCCGACUGA